GGGCCCGAGGGAGGAAGGCGGGAGGCCGGUGGAGCGGCCUGCUUUGCCCGCGGACCUCGGCUGCGCAGCUGAAACGCCUCCCGGGCGCGCGGCUCGCCAUGGAGGAGCUGCAGAACCGUCUGCAGGAGACCCUGGCCGUACUGUCGCCGCAGGAGCUGCGCCACUUCCGCCUCAUCCUGCAGAAGGUGGACGAGGAGCCGCGGGUGAGCCAGGUGCAACUGGAGUUGGAGGGCGGCAGCGCUUCGGGACUGGCCCGCCUGCUGGCCCGGCACUACUACCUGCCGGACGCCGCGCGCGUCUUCACCACGGUGCUGCAGCGGAUGCGCCGCGUCGACCUGCUGGCGCGCUGGAAGGGCGAGACUGCCGAGGGCGCUGUGAUUCCGAGAAAGAUUUCCAAGAGAAGCUUUGACUGUGUGGAAGGUGAACUGGACCGUUAUGACCUGAGUGGCCAGCGGAGGGCGUUCCUCAUGUGUGUGAAGAAGAACAGGUCCGGGGCCAACCGUGACAUCGCACUAAUGAAGGAAUGGCUGGGCCAGUGCCAAUUUGAGGACACACUGUGCAUCGAUCCUGACAAAAUGGAGUUACUUGGAAAAAUAACAUCAUUUCGUGAUGAACUAAAUACAAUUAAAGAUGAAAUUGGCUGUUGCAUCGUUACUCUCAUGUCCCAUGGAGAAAAAGGCUUUAUUAAAAUGAAAGAUGGUGAAAAGGUCAGCCUGGAGGACAUUUUUGAAAUGUUUAACAAUAAAAAUUGUCCAGCACUUCAAGAGAAACCAAAGAUCUUUAUAAUCCAGGCAUGCAGAGGAGAAAGAAAAGAUAAUGGUGUUGAAACGGAUGAUGAAGCCAUGGACACUGAUGACGUAUCAGAGACUAGGAGGCUUCCCACAUUCAGCGAUUACUUCAUCAUCUAUCCCACCCAGGCAGAUCACGUUGCUUUGCGGCACCCCCGAAACGGCUCUGUGAUGAUUGAAGCGAUGAUUGAAGUCUUUAAACAGUAUGGAAAUAAGUGGCACAUCGCUGAUUUCUUCACCAGAGUGAAUAACAUAGUGGUACACACUGAAUUCCACCUACACAAGGAACCAAUAAAAGUAUCGCUUGUAAUGGAAUCAACUUUAACUAAAUCUGUGUACUUUUGAUGCCAGGAAGAUUUAAAAAUAAGGACUGCUUUAUAAAAAACUUUGUUUUCUAAAGUACAUUUGUAGCAUAGGACUAACAGUUAUCAUUCCUUGAUACUAGCAUCCUUGAACUCCCCACAACCUGCAGAAUAGACUCCCCAGUCCCCCAGGGUCUCCCACAUGCCACAUGUGCAAGGUCUGUUUGUCUUGGGUCCUGGCCCCACCUAUGAUUUGCCCCUUCAGUCACCCUCUCAGAAUUGGCUUGUGGCUCAUUUCUGUCACUAGUAUUUAUCUGAUUUGUUUUGUGUACUUGUUACUGGAUUUGUAUACAGUUAUUCAAUACUUGUAAAUAAUUUGACUUCCUUUAAAAGGUCACUGUUUUCUGAACAUUUUUUUCCUGAACUAUUAUCAAAACAUGGAACUCCAACUCUGUUUGUAUACUGUUGUCAUCCUGUGAUUCUCUACUGAUUUCACCCCACCCUCUCCCACUCAGAAUUUGGUACUCCUUUGAUUCUCAUUUUCUUGGCUUAGAUUUCAAACACUGGCUUUAUGUAGUUUUGUCCUCUGUGUCAUCUGAUGGCCCCUGGGGGCAUCUGCAGCCAGACUGGUUUCCUUUCUGACUCUGUAAGCCAUCCUCAAGCUAUGCUGGGUGUCUCUGCCUGUACAUGGUACCCUUGAUGCCUUCCCAGUUUCCACCUCCCACCUGUUCCCCAGCUCCUCUUGGCUGCCUAAGUAUGUUGGGACUACUGCUGUCCUUCAGAAUUUGGUUCCAGCAUCGCUGGCUCAGAGACGUCUGUGUUUCUCUGUAGCGCUAGUGCUGCUGUGGGGUGCAUGCCUGUGUACUGGCUGCUUGGUUUCUCUCUGCACCUGCCCUGAGCUCUGAGGCCAUGUGCCCCCUUCUGUCCUGUACCCCAGCUUUCAUUGUGCCUUAAGACACAGAGAAGCUCUGUGGUGAAUGUUUAGUGAUUGUUGGUACCUGUCUUCCAGUGAUGUUAUCCAUUCCUCAGAUCCUCCAUUAUCUCUGCAUUACCCCUGCUAGUUGUCCUCACUACGUGGAUGAUGAAUAGCCAUUUUAACAAGUUGAAAGUUAGCCUAACUUUCCCCUAAAUCUCUUCAUAAAGAUAUUCAUGUCAUAAUAAAUUUAUUAUGACACACACCCCCAUUGUUAAUAAUCCUUGAACUCCCCACAACCUGCAGAAUAGACUCCCAAGUCCCCCAGGGCCUCCCACAUGCCACAUGUGCAGGGUCUGUUUGUCUUGGGUCCUGGCCCCACCUAUGAUUUGCCCCUUCAGUCACCCUCUCAGAAUUGGCUUGUGGGUGAGUGAACUUGAAUGAAUGCUCUCUCAUCUCUGCCUGCAGUGCCCUUCACACUCUCUGGAUCACACAUUCUGCAGGGUACAACUUGGGGCCCAUCCCACCAGGAAGAAAACCUGCAUGUAGACCAGGUUUUUAGAGUAACAAACUCUGGACUGAGCAGGAGUCAUCACUGCAGCUGUGUCUAACUUUUGUGUAACCUUAGAAUGUAUUUGGACCUGUUUCCCCAUCGUUAUAAAGGAGAUUUGGCUUGGCUGAGGCUGGAGAACUCAUCUUGCGGGCCUUCAGUGAGCUCUGACUUCUUAGUAAGCCUGCUGGAUGCACAUCCUGCAGAUGCUGUGCCUGGGAUUCAAGCUGCCUGGGUGAGGAGACAGGUGUCUGAUAAGAGUGCUCAGAAGACUGAGGACCAAAA